AUGUCACUUUAUAAAAGCUGUGUUUGAGUCCGGCUCUGGUCUGGCUGCAGGAGGAUCACGUCAGCAGAGGAGGUAGAGGUGAGGACGUCACCUGUCUCGGCCAGCCAAUCACAGCGAGUCGUCGUCUGCAGGAGAAGGAGACAGUUGCUGCAGCUGAUGCUUCAUCAACACUCGGACCGACAUCAGCAUCAGUGUUUGUGUCGAGAUCUUCAGGACGACCAAACACCCACAAACUGUUCAUGUUAAAGAAUUACAGCCGUAUGGAGAACCAAACUUUCAAUGCAGAUAUUAUAUCCAUCGAAGGGUUAAAGGUCAUCCCCCAGUCCUCCACCCCCGCCUUCAUCCUCCUCCUCCUCAUCUACAUCUUCAUCAUGGCGUCCAACAUCGGCCUGGUGGUCCUGAUCUCCAUGGAGACGAGCCUCCACCAGCCCAUGUACCUGCUCCUCUGUAACAUGAAUAUCAACGACGUGUUCGGGGCGACCGUCGUCAUCCCGCGCCUGCUGAGCGACCUCUUCACUCCCAUCAUGCAGGGCUACACUCAUUACAUCGAGUGCGUCGUUCAGGCGUUCGCCGCUCACUUCCACGCAGGCACCUCUCACACGGUGCUCAUGAUCAUGGCCUUCGACCGGUACACCGCCAUCUGCAACCCCCUGCGUUACGCCGCCAUCAUGACCCACAGGAUGGUGGUGAAGCUGUCGGUGGGCGCUUGGGUGGCGGCCUUCAUCUCCGUUGCGAUCCUCCUGGGCCUCACCAUCCGCCUGACGCGCUGCAGGCGGGUUAUAUUCAACCCGUUCUGUGACAACGCCUCCUUGUUCAAGCUCUCCUGCCAGGACCUUCUCAUCAACCACAUCUACGGCCUCGGCAGCGCCGUGGUCAUCCUGGGCUCCUCCCUCUGCAGCAUCGCGUUCACCUACCUGAGGAUCGCCAUCAUGUGUUUCAGCAGCAAAAACAAGGCGUUGAACAGCAAGGCGCUGCAGACCUGCGCCACACACCUGGCCGUGUAUAUCAUCAUGAUGGUAGCAUCCUUCACCCCCAUGAUCAUGCACCGUCGCCCUGAGUGGGCGGACAGUGGGAAAGUGGCGUCCGUCAUGUUCCACGUCGUCCCCCCGGCCCUGAACCCCAUUAUCUAUGGGCUGCAGUGUAAAGAGCUCAAACACAAGAUUGUCAGCAUGUUUCACAGGAAUAAAGUCACAAACAGGAAAAGUCUCCAUAAAUAAUAACGUUAAAACAAUAGCUUUAAAACUGCAGUUUGUCUUUAAAGCUCCUCCAGUGUAAAGGUCUGUGUCCAUGUGUAGUGUGAUUAUAGAUCAGCUCUAGCUUCUAUAUUAAUACUGUGAAAGUAUCAAAGCCUCAGUCCACAGAGAAAUGCACACAGCCUGUAUUCAGAAACUGAGCCUUAAAACCAGCCGUCAGGACUUCUGGAACUUUGUGAUGUCACAACAAAGCAGUCACCAAGCCCCGCCCACCUGGACCCACCAUCCAAACCUUGCAGGAUUUGGUUUCUCUGAGUGUUUUUACCUGAAAUCUGCUAUAUUUUUAUUGGAUCACUAUGAAAACAGUCAGCCAAUCAUAAGAGAGGCUCAGAGCCUCCUCUCUUAUUAUUGGCUCACCGACCUGUUGUUACUAGAGCUGCAGAGAGAAGCCUGAGAGAGGAGAUGUAAAACUACACUGAGAUGGUUUUUAUAUCUUCUGAUGGAUCAACACUUCAAAUAAAACACAGAAGAAGAAAAUAUGGAUCUUUAUAUUUUGUUAAAUUUUUCUGAUGAUGAUCAAACUGAAAUUAUCCUCAAUUAUUAAUAAUAAUAAUCUGGUUUUAUUUUCUCAUAUUUCACAGGUCAUGUUUUCAGCAUCAUAACAUGUGUGUCCAAUGCUCUAGUAUUAUACGUCACGUUUACACAUAAACCCUGAGUUUCUACCUGAUGGAGGUCACUGCAGAUGCAGAUGGGUUACGGGAGGUUUCCUACUGUUUG